AUGCCACCACCACAACCACCACCACAACCACCACCCCAGCGGCCCAUCACCCGCAUACUGAUCGCCAACCGUGGCGAGAUAGCAAUCCGGAUACUGCAGUCGUGCCACGAACUGCCCAAUCGGCCAACGACGUUCGCGCUCUACACGGACAAUGACAGCACACAUGUCUCCCUAGGGCGACCACACCAUGCCAUCAAGGCGCCCAGUGCGGCAUCAUACAUGAACAUCGACUACCUGAUCGGGGUGGUGAAGCAAAACCACGUCGACGCCGUGCAUCCUGGGUACGGCUUUCUCAGCGAGAGUGCCGAGUUUUCGAGACGGAUGUGGACAGAGGCGGGCUGUAUGGUGGUGGGACCGGGGUGGGAGGUGCUGCAACGCACCGGCGACAAGCUGAUGGCCAAGACCCUCGCGGCCGAGUGUGACGUGCCUGUCCUCCGAGCCAUGGACCGGCCGACCGGCAGUGUGCACGACGUCAGGAGGUUCGCCGAACAAGCAGGCUAUCCUCUGAUGAUCAAGGCUGUCGACGGCGGUGGAGGCCGCGGGAUCCGCCUGGUCCGGAGCGAAGACGCGCUCGAGAACGCCGUCCAGAGGUGCGUGGGUGAAUCACCCAGUCGGCUGGUCUUUGCAGAGCAGGCCGCCGUGGAUGGAUACAAGCACAUUGAGAUCCAGAUCAUCGGCGACGGAAGAGGCCGAGUCAAGCACCUCUGGGAACGAGACUGCAGCGUCCAGCGGCGGUUUCAGAAGAUCGUCGAAGUCGCCCCUGCGCCUGUGCACGGCCGGACUGUCGUCGCGCAGGUCAUCGAAUCCGCCGUGAGGAUGGCCACGCAGCUGAAAUACUUGGGCCUCGGGACCUGGGAGUACUUGGUUAACGUCCAGCAAGCCAAGUUCUUCUUCUUGGAGAUCAAUCCGAGACUGCAGGUGGAACACACCAUCACCGAAUGCAUUACAGGAGUUGACCUGGUCAAGGAACAGCUGAUGCUGGCCCAGGGGAUCCAGGGCCCAGAAAACAUCCCGUCUGGAAACGCGGACGAGGCACCACACUCGGCCUCGAUCCAGCUGAGACUCUGUGCCGAAGACCCCCUCUCAGGCUUCUCCCUGAGCAUCGGGAAGGUCACAGACGUGCAGUUCCCCACGGGGAACGGAGUCAGGGUUGACAGCCAUCUCUCGCGUGGAGGCGUGGUGGGAUCUGACUUUGACAACAUGAUGGCGAAAAUCAUCGUCACCUCCUCGACAUUCGGUGACUGUAUCGUCAAAGCACGACGAGCCCUCGAAGAGACCAAGGUCGCGGGAGUCAAGACGAAUUUGAACCUCCUCAAGGCCAUCCUAGCAGACGACACCUUUGCAUCAGGCGAAGCCGACACACGGUGGCUGGAGACGAACCUGGAGCGUCUCGUCCAGUCGGGCGAACAACUGGCCAGCACAACCGAGAGACUUGACUCCUCCAUACCGACACUGUCACUGGGCAACAGCCACGCAUCGGCCGGUGCUCCAUCGGCCACGCCUUUCAGGAAAGGUGACGCGUGGUCUGUGGUGCUGGAGGAUCCCAGGAACACGUCGCCCGCAACAGCGAAGCCGCCAGCGCACCACCUCGCCAUCGAACGGGUCACUCGCAACGAAUUCCCAGAGGCCCUCAUCGCCGAUGUCUCGUACACAAUCCCCGGCCAACAGCCACAGAGCUACAAGAUGACUCUCAACAGCACGACAGCCUCGGCAGACGCCACGGCAUCAACUCACAGAAGGGGCGACCCCGGCAACAAAGCACAUAUCAUAUUACCAAUGAGCGGAAAGCUGGUCGAGGUCCUGGUCGAGGAAGGGGACGAAGUCAGCGAGAAUGAGGUGAUCGCAUUUGUCAAACAGAUGAAGAUGGAAUUGGAAGUCAGAAGUCCCAGGGCGGGUGUCGUGAAGUGGGCAAUCGAGCUGGAAAACGAGGAAGGCGACGACGUUGCUGAAGGGACGUUAUUAGUGGAAUUGGACGAGGAGAGUGUACAGAAGCCGGAGAUUAGGGCCAGGUUGUGA